CCGCGGUGCUCGGCGGGACGACGGCGGAGAGCGACCUCAGGGUUAAGGGGUGGGGCUUGACGUCAGGAGCCAAGAUGGCGGCGGCGGCGGUCGGAGUCUCCUUGAGGCGCCGGUUCCCGGCCACGGCCCUUGGCGGAGCCUGCCUGCAGGCCUGCCGGGGGGCACAGACAGCGGCAGCCACAGCUCCCCGAAUCAAGAAGUUUGCCAUCUACCGAUGGGACCCAGACAAGACGGGAGAUAAGCCUCGUAUGCAAACUUAUGAAAUUGAUUUGAAUAAAUGUGGUCCUAUGGUGUUGGAUGCUUUAAUCAAGAUUAAGAAUGAAAUCGAUUCGACUUUGACUUUCCGACGAUCAUGCAGAGAAGGCAUCUGUGGCUCUUGCGCGAUGAACAUCAACGGAGGCAACACUCUGGCUUGCACCCGCAGGAUUGACACCAACCUCAGCAAAGUCUCCAAAAUCUACCCUCUUCCACAUAUGUAUGUGAUAAAGGAUCUUGUUCCCGACUUGAGCAACUUCUAUGCUCAGUACAAAUCCAUUGAGCCUUAUUUGAAGAAGAAGGAUGAAUCCCAGGAAGGCAAGCAGCAGUACCUGCAGUCCAUAGAAGACCGUGAGAAACUGGACGGGCUGUAUGAGUGUAUUCUCUGUGCCUGCUGCAGCACCAGCUGCCCCAGCUACUGGUGGAACGGAGACAAAUACCUGGGGCCUGCAGUCCUUAUGCAGGCCUAUCGCUGGAUGAUCGACUCCAGAGACGACUUCACGGAGGAGCGCCUGGCCAAGCUGCAGGACCCGUUCUCCCUGUAUCGCUGCCACACCAUCAUGAACUGCACGAGGACCUGCCCCAAGGGGCUGAAUCCAGGCAAAGCUAUUGCUGAAAUCAAGAAAAUGAUGGCCACCUAUAAGGGGAAGAAAGCGUCAGUGUAACUGUUCCCGCGCUAACCGCGACUUAACCGGCCCAGCUGGACAUACUUUAUAUCCAAUUUGAGGUCUUGAUUUUCCAUGAAUACAGCAUGUAUAAUAAAGAUUCUAAGAAAGAAAUAAAUGCUAUUCUACUUUAUUAACAAAAAA